AUGAAGGAAGAGAUUGCAGCAGCAGUGUUCUUCGUUGCUCGGCUGGCGAAGCGCCACGGUAGUUUAGAUGCUGAGAGCAGAGAGGGGUUUGCUGCUGCCCUCACCUCAGCCCUGUUUGACGCCUACAAGACCCACUGGUACCCUCACACACCUGUCAAGGGACAGGCCUACCGGUGUCUACGUAUGAACCGAGCUCAGCUGAGGGACCCUGUGUUGGAGAGGGCGUGUUUACGGAGCGACGUCUGUUACGAGGACCUGGGGUUGCCACGGGAGAUGACAAUCUGGGUCGACCCUGGAGAAGUGUCCUGCAGGUACGGAGAGCGCAGCGUUCCCUUCUGUGUGAUGCAGCUGCAGAGCUGUCACCAGGGUGACAAGGAGUUUUCCCGGCGCAUACAUAAUGCAGUGGAGAGGGCCGCCUCCGACAUCCAAUCAGGCUCUUCCUCUGACGAGGAGGGCGGGGACACCAGCAUGGGUAGCAGCUGCAGCAGCCUAUCCGCACCCUGCCCUGCCACCAACCCGAAACCCAAAACCAUCCCGACAGUCAGCAACCCCAACAGUGUCUACCAGUUCAGUGAGUUCGCUCUAGUGCCACCCCCUCCGGCCUGGGCAGCUUACUCCAACAGGAAGGCCUUCCCCGGGGAUGGCUACCCUCACGGCCCCCCCUCUGGAGGUCUGUUUGCCCAGCAGCACAGCAGCCAGUUCCAGCCUCCUAAAGGAUUCAAACCCUACAGAGCCACCUCCUCCUUCACUGGGCCCAGGCAGGACAAGUACCACUGGGUCAGCCAGAACCGCUCCUAG